AUGUCAAAACAGGAUAAUAAAAAGCCAAAUUAGAUGGUCAUGAUGAAGCUGCAAUGUCAGUCUGUUUCUCUCCUGAUGGAAAUACAUUAGCUUCUGGUAGUGGUGAUAACUCUAUACGUCUAUGGGAUGUAAAGACAGGAUAAGAAAUUAAAUCCUCUGAUAAAAACUAGAAAGAUAUUCUUCCAUAAUUUAAGAUUUCACUCUAAUAAAAUUGCCCAUUAUAAGAAAGUAAUAUUAUUUUUUUUGAUAUUUUAAGCCUCCAAUUACAUCACUACACUCCUUAUAUCCUAAUAGGCUAUAUUUUAAGCAUAAGGAGCACUAAUUUUGAGAGGAGAGUUUAUCAAUCAAUCAGGUAUAGAUUUAAAGACAUUGUUUAAACAAAAGGGUAGCUGUAUUUUACAAAACCAAUUAGACUGCAAUAACAAAUGA